GUAACGGAGACCCCUCGAAAUGUGAUUGGCAAGGACCUUCUCCAGAAAACAGAAUGUUUUCCCCAUCAUGGGGAUUUGAAUCCACCAUAUCCUUUAGUCAGCAGUUUCAGUUACCUAUAGCAACUGGCAAUGCACACACUGUUCAUCAUUAUACAUUCCCACAAAAUUGGCACCAUCCUGUCACACCACAGAGUUUCAAUAGUUAUAAUCUACACAGCAGUGAUGUUUGGUAUGGAGACUCCCCUCUGAUGGAUGGGCUUGGAGCUUUAGAUGUUAGUGGUGAUGUUAUUGAACAAGAUUCAAAAGUGACGUCAAGCACAGAAGUAUCACCAUGGAAACCUCACUUGCCUCUUCCUCCUGUUUCAGAAUUUUUGAACACAUCACAUGGAACUUCGAAAACUUUGAGAGAAAGCGUUAGUCCAAUGACAGAAGAAACAAGUCCAUUGAAUGCAACACCCACAAUUUUACCUGACAAGUGUAAACAAGUUACUGUAGCAAGCACCAACAUCAAAGGUAACUGUAAUCAAUUUGGAACAGAAUUUAGAUCAGUUCUUGGACCUUCUUUUAUUAUUUUACUUAGCAAACCCUUAUCAAGGGAUGGUGUCACCAGUUAG